AUGUUUUUUUUUUGUAAAAUUUAUAAAAAAAAACCAAUUGAAAAAAAUACCUUUAUUCCUUUAAAUAAUCCAGGUUUUAAUAGUAAUAAUAAUAAUAAUUCAAAUAAUAAUAAUUAUAAUAUUAAUAAAAAUAGAAAUAAAAUUAAAAAAAAAAAAUUUUUUUUAAAUAAAGAAGAUGAAAUUGAUAAUAGUUUUUUAUUUUUUAAAAUUUGGAGAAAUAAUUAUUUAAAAUAUACAAUUUUAGAAAAUCUUGUUUUAUAUGAAAAAGUUUUUAAUGAAAAGAGAGAAUUUACGGUUGAAUCAUUAUUAAAUUAUGAAUAUAGGGAAUGGUUAACCUCUAUUUAUAUUAUUGAUUCAACAAGUACAUUAAUAAAGGGUAUAAUACCAUCACAAGUAUUAACAUUACAAAUUGGUGGUAAAUUUAAAUCAAUGGUUGAAAAAGGAGCAUUAGGUGAAUCACUAACUAAAUUAACAUUAAAUACAGAUAUUGGUUUAGAAAAUUUUCAAAUUGGUUCAAUACCAAUCACUCUUAAAAGGAUAUUCAUAAAUUCAAAUGAAAUUUUAUCAGGACAUAGUGUAAAAGUUUUAAGAAACUCUUUUAUUGAAACCAUUGAAUUUGGUCCAUUUUUUAAUGAACCAUUCAAAAGUGACCAAUUUCCUACAAGUUUAACAUCAAUGAUAUUCAAUUUUAAAUUUAAUCAACCAUUACAUUUAAUUGAGUGGCCAGUAAAUGUAAAAAGGAUUAUAUUUGGUAAUGAAUUUAAUAGUGAAUUAAUAAAUCUUCCAGAGGAUUUAGAAUAUCUUCAAUUUGGUAGAAAUUUUAAUCAACCGAUUGAUGAUUCCCAAUUACAAUGUUUAUGUCCAAAUCUUUUAACUUUAAAAAUGGGUUUAAAUUUUAAUAAACCAUUAAAUCCAUACUCAUUAAGUGAAUCGUUAACAGAAUUAGAUUUAGGUUGUGAUUGGAAUCAUCCAAUACCAUUAAAUUUACUACCACAAGAAUUAAAGAUAUUACGUUUAUCAAAUAAAUUUAAUUAUCCAAUUGAGAAAUCUACACUACCAACAUCAUUACAAGUUUUAAUUUUUGGUGAUGAUUGGAACCAACCUUUAAAUUAUUCUACUAUUUUAAGUUCAUUAAUAACAUUAAAUUCAAUUAGUUUUGGUAAAUCAUUUAAUCGACUUAUUCUACCCUCAAUUUUACCUUUAUCAUUAAAAUCAAUUACAUUUGGUGAAUCAUUUAAUCAAACUUUAUAUUAUAAUAGUAUUCCUCAAACUGUUGAACAUAUUGAAUUUGGUAUUUCAUUCGAUCAAUAUUUAAUUCAAUUUAAGAAUGAUAUAAAAAAAGAAGAAGGUUUAAUUUCAAUAUUACCAAUAUCAUUAAAAUCAAUUAUAUUUGGUCAAAAAUUUAAUAAUGGUAAUAAAUCAAUAAAAGUUGAUACUUUCCCUAAAAAUGUAACUUUAAUUGAAUUCGGUUCAACAUUUAAUCAAAUCAUUGAAGAAAAUGGACUACCUGAUAAUCUUGAAUCAUUAUAUUGUGGUUUUAAAUUUAAUCAAUUAAUUUCAAAGAGUUUUUUAAAUUUAAAAUCUUUAAAAUCUUUAAAAUUUGGUUUUCAUUUUAAUAGAGAAUUAGAUUUAAAUUCAUUUCCAUUAAAUUCAUCAUUGAAAAGAAUUGAUUUUGGUAAAUGUUUUAAUCAAGUGUUAUUACCCGGUGUUAUUCCUUCAACUUGUACUUAUUUACAACUUGGUCAAACAUUUAAUCAUCCUUUAUUGAAAGGUUCUAUUCCAUUUGGUGUGACAACAUUAAAACUAUCAAAAGAAUAUAACCAUCCUCUACCCAAUGGAAUUUUACCAAAUAGUUUAACUUUUUUAGAUUUAGGUUCAAAUUUUAAUAAAAAAUUAGAUAAAAGUUCAAUACCAUCAUCAGUUUAUGAAUUAAAAUUUUCAGAUUCAUUUAAUCAGCAACUAUCAAAUUUUAAUCUUGAUGAUGAUGAUGAUGAUGAUGAUGAUGAUGAUGAAACUAAUGACGAUCAGAAUAAAAAAAGUUGUCUUAGAAUUUUAAUAUUUGGGUCAGAAUUUAAUUCAAUUAUUGAAGCUGGAGCACUUCCAUACGGAAUUUCAACUAUAAAAUUUAAAAAUUCAUUCAAUCAAAAAAUACUUCCAAAUACAUUCCCAAAUUCUGUAACUUCAAUCACAUUUUCAAAAGAUUUUUCUCAAGAUUUAUCUAUUGAUAAUAUACCAACAUCUGUUAUUCAUUUAUCUUUAUCACCAUCAUAUAAUAAAUCUAAAUUAUCACCUGAAAUUAAAUCAAUGAUAAAUUGUACAACUCAAUUUGAUUAA